UGUAACUGAAAGGCAGACCUCAAACUGGGCACAGGGGCAGCGGAUGGAGUCCACGUCUCCACUCCCACGGACACUUCAUGAAGACCAUCCGCUGUGGGAAACAUGCGUAAUCACAUGGAUAAAUAGACCGCAACGCUGCACCUCCGUCUCCACAACUUGUCUCAUGUGGGAGUCUCCAAAACCACGCAGGAAAACGCGCAGAGCAGACCGGUGGUGCAGCCAGGGUUAAAGUCUGAAUGGGUAUGGAUUUGGACGCGCAGGAAUCCUUUCUGCGCAAGCGCGUCACCACGUCUCCUCCCUCUACCUGAGAGAGGUGCACCUGGAAUCCAACGAGACGGAAGUUUUAUGGAGUCACAACACACAGCAAAUCUUUUUGUCCUCCUUAAAGACAAGUUUCUUUGGAUUUCACGGAGCAAAAACAGAAUCAGCAGUCAAGCAAGGAUGUCAUCCACUGGAUUGUGUCAGAAGAUUUUAGAAGAACUUUUCUAACACUGACGUACAUUUCAGCGACUCAUGCUGACCUUCCAUCCUGAACCAGCCACCUCUCCACCCAAGAAGAAUGACAACUCUCCGCAGAGUGCUCCGAAGGCGCCUGCACCCACUUAAACUGGUCAUAGUGGGUCUGGUCUUUGUGACAUUUGUGUUCUUCAUACAAUGGGAAGUGGGGAGCCAGAGUCCACAGGAGGACCCGUGGCUCAAAGAAAUGGCAGUGAAGCGGGAUGCUAUGCUGGGCAUGGUGAUUGGAGCUGUCAAUAACUUCAGGGUUGCGAUGCCAAAGAUGCAGAUCAGAGCCCCAGUGCGUCAGCAGGACAGUGGGGACAGCGUGUCGUGUCUCCCUGGUCACUACACUGCCUCAGAGCUGAGACCGGCUCUGGAGAGGCCACCACAGAGUCCCCUCGCUCCUGGAGCUGCUGGGAAGCCUUUCCACACAGACUCACUGAGCCCCGAGGAGCAAAAGGAAAAGGAGAGGGGUGAAGAGAAACAUUGCUUUAACCUGUAUGCCAGUGACCGUGUGUCUCUGAGCAGAGACCUGGGGGCUGACACAAGACCACCAGAAUGUAUUGAGCAAACUUUCAAGCGAUGCCCCCCCUUGCCGACCACCAGCGUGAUAAUUGUGUUUCACAAUGAGGCCUGGAGCACUCUGCUCAGGACGGUGUACAGUGUCCUCCACACGUCUCCAGCCAUUCUCCUCAAAGAGAUCAUCCUAGUGGACGACGCCAGCGUGGAUGAUAUUCUGAAGGAUAAUCUGGAUGAGUAUUUGAAGCAGCUGAGUAUUGUGCGAGUUGUUCGUCAGCGAGAAAGAAAAGGACUCAUCACUGCUCGGUUACUGGGCGCUUCCGUCGCUACGGGUGACACACUCACCUUUCUGGAUGCUCACUGUGAAUGCUUCAAUGGUUGGCUGGAGCCUUUGCUGGCCAGGAUCGCAGAGAACUCUACAGCAGUAGUCAGUCCUGAUAUAACCACUAUUGAUCUGAAUACCUUUGAGUUCAUGAAACCGUCUCCAUAUGGGCAGAACCACAACCGGGGAAACUUCGACUGGGGCCUGUCCUUUGGCUGGGAAAGCCUGCCUGAUCAUGAGAAACAAAGGAGAAAGGAUGAAACUUAUCCCAUUAAGACUCCUACCUUUGCGGGUGGACUUUUCUCCAUCUCUAAAGAAUAUUUCUACCAUAUUGGAAGCUAUGACGAAGAAAUGGAAAUCUGGGGUGGAGAGAAUAUUGAAAUGUCAUUUAGGGUGUGGCAGUGUGGAGGACAGCUGGAGAUCAUCCCCUGCUCAGUUGUUGGUCAUGUUUUCCGCACUAAGAGCCCCCACACCUUCCCCAAGGGCACUCAAGUGAUUGCUCGUAACCAGGUACGACUAGCCGAAGUCUGGAUGGACAACUACAAGGAGAUUUUUUACCGUCGUAACCAGCAAGCUGCACAGAUGGCCAAAGAUAAAACUUUUGGAGAUAUUUCCAAGCGUGUGGACCUCCGAGAGCGGCUGCAGUGCAAGAGCUUCUCCUGGUAUUUGCAGAACGUCUUUCCAGAGGUCUUCAUGCCUGAUCUCAACCCACUCCGCUUUGGCUCGGUAAAAAACGUGGGCAAAGAAUCCUGUCUGGAUGCUGGAGAGAACAAUGAGGGUGGGAAACAGCUGAUCAUGUACCCAUGCCAUGGCCUAGGUGGAAACCAGUAUUUUGAGUACUCCACACAUCAUGAGAUUAGACACAACAUUCAGAAGGAGCUGUGUUUGCAAGGGGCAGACGGGGCUGUAAAACUGGAGGACUGCCAGUAUAAAGGCAGAAACACAUUUGUCGGAGCAGAGCAAAAAUGGGAACUGAAAGAUAACCAGUUAUUCUACAUGCCAGGGUUGGAGAUGUGUCUCAGUGCUCGUCAUGAACAUCCCUCUCUGGCCCCCUGUAACCCCUUGGAUAGAUUCCAACUUUGGUCUUUCAUCUGAGUCUGCAAACGAACACUUUUACAAAAAAAAAAAAA